AUGUCUUUCGUAUCAGUUGUUGCCAUAUCCAUUCUUUUGUUGAAUCUUCCAUGUCCUGUUUUUUCAAACGACCAAAGAUACUUGAACUGCUCUUCAUCGUUGAGCUGUGGGAACAUCACCAACCUAAUGUACCCUUUCUACGGACUAAACCGCGCCAACUACUGCGGCCAACCAGGAUUCAAGCUCGAUUGUCAAAAUGAAGUACCUUUCAUUAAAAUUGGUUCAAACCAAUACAAAUACAGAGUCGUGGAUUCAAAUCCCUUACAAAGGAUCAUUACCGUUACUAGAAACGACUACUGGGAAACCACAUGCCCAUUAGAUUUCAUUAACACCACGUUUGAUCCCUAUCCGUUUCACUACAUUGCCGGGUUCUGGAACUUGACUCUCUUCUACGGCUGCAUUUUCAAUAACUGGCCUAUCCAGGGUCUGACGACAGGGAAUGUCUGUUUAAUUAAUGACACGACGGUUAACAUGUUCUAUUCGACAACGACAAGGGAGAUUGGACCCGGAUUGGGGAAAUGUAACAGCUCGGUUAUCGUGCCGGUGCAGGGGAAAGCGGCGCUGGCAGUGAACGAGAAUAAGACGACGGUUGGGAAGGCGAUAGAAGAAGGGGUGGAGGUUUUUUGGGAUGAAGAUGUAGAUAAGUGUACAAUUUGUCUACAAUCGGGUGGGGUUUGUGGGUUUAAUUGGACUCAAUCUCUCUUUUCUUGCUUCUGCUAUGAUCAUCCAUCGUCAACAUCAUGCCCUACUAGACCCGGACUACAAUCCCCAGCAACCAAGUACUGAAUAGCUUCGACUG